AAAAAAAUGAAAUUGGCUGAUAUCAUGACGAUAUUAGGUAGUAUAGAUAUCAUUAUGGGGGAAGUUGAUCGUUGAAAUGAUAAUAGAUAGUGUAGAGGUAGAAACUAUCAAUUCUUUUUCGAAAUUGGAAUUAUUAAAAGAAGUCUAUGGACUGAUAUCGAUUCUACCCAUUUUGACCCUCCUUUUGGGAAUAACAAUAGAGGUACUCGUAAUUGUGUGGUUAGAAAGAGAAAUAUCUGCGUCGAUACAACAACGUAUUGGUCCUGAAUAUGCUGGCCCCCUGGGCCUGCUUCAAGCUAUAGCAGAUGGGACUAAGCUACUUUUAAAAGAAGAUAUUCUGCCAUCUCGAGGAGAUAUUUCUUUAUUUAGCAUUGGACCCUCUAUAGCAGUCAUAUCAGUUUUAUUAAGUUUUUUAGUUAUCCCUUUGGGAUAUCAUUUUGUUUUAGCCGAUCUUAGUAUUGGUGUUUUUUUAUGGAUUGCCAUUUCAAGUAUAGCUCCUAUUGGUCUUCUUAUGGCAGGAUAUAGCUCAAAUAAUAAAUAUUCUUUUUCAGGCGGUCUACGAGCUGCUGCUCAAUCCAUUAGUUAUGAAAUACCAUUAACUUUUUUUGUGCUAGCAAUAUCUCUACGUGUGAUUCGUUAAAAUAGAUCUUUUUCCUAUAAAAUCCAUUAACUAUUUAUAUUCCUUUUCUUAUUUAGUAUUUGGGUUGGUAAGUUAAACUAGAUAGCUAUAUGAGUGAAACAAAACAGCUUAAAAAUUUGUAGUAAAAAGAAAAAAUCUCAUUUCCUACGUACAAGAAAAAAGUGGAAGUAAACAUAAGCAGUGUAAACUCUUUAUCCCAAGGUUGAUAUUUUUUAAUUAGUCAUCAUAUCUUGAAGCGGACAAGAAUAAAGGAUUCACGAUAUGGAAUUCCAUUACUAGAAUACUCCUAGUUAUUACUAUAACUUAAUAAUCCAUAAGAAGAAUCCACCAAAAGUUAGUGAAGGGUUAGGAACACUAAAGUACAUAAAGGAUUAGUAAUGGAAAAUCUAAAACAUUAGAGAUUUUUGCCCAUAAAAGGAAUCAUAAUAAGGACUUGCAAUUUGUAGAAAUUAUCAAGUAGUACUUUCUUCGGAUUCCGAUCCAGAGUAUGUUCCCAUUCACUUGUUAAGGAAAUGGCUAUCAAGAACGAAUUAACCCUUUAUCCAUUUUUUCUUUUUUAAUACCCCCUCCCUGGGGAAAGAAGAAUAGUAAAAAAGAUAUGGAGUGCACUAGAAAAAAUUUUCAUUAUUUCCUUCCUCUAUCCAUAUUCAUGCAGAAUUGCUCAUGAACUAAUACCCAACUCUUUCCAUUUAUUAAUUGAAUUCCUAUAACAAGUAACAAGUGUUUUAUUCCAAGAUUAAGUUAUUACUGAACAAAGAAAAAUUUUCAUUAUAUUAUAAAGGAUGAGAUCAAUUCGGAAGCGCUUUUUCUUAUUCUAGCAGACGGAAUUCCUUUGGUCUAAUUUAGUACUUUCAAAUCUAUUUAUUUUAUUUUAUCUAAUUCUAUCUACGCCCCAGGGGCUAGGAACAAAACAGUCCUUUCUUUUUUCUGAUCAUAGAGAAGCCGUAUGAAGCUAAGGUUUCAUGUACGGUUUUGAAAUAGCGGUGGGAACUGUGAUGUUAUCAUCGACUAUGAUUAUCUAACAGUUCAAGUACAGUUGAUAUAGUUGAAGCACAGUCAAAAUACGGUUUUUUUGGAUGGAAUAUUUGGCGUCAGCCUAUAGGUUUUCUGGUUUUUUUAAUUUCUUCUUUGGCAGAAUGUGAAAGA